AUGCCGACCCCGAGUGACAACACACCACGUCUCGAUGCCACAUCAAUCCUUGAUGAAAUUUCUGCUCGCACCACUUGUCCUCCCGAGUUAGAGAGGUCAUCGUUGUGGAGAGACUCGCCCGAAUCUUCUCCGACCACGGAGAGCGACACUCCUGAUAAUGCGCUCUCCCGGGUCAUUGCAUCGGCGCAGUCUGCGCUGAUCCGCUCGGACGAUGCUAUCGCCCAAACGGUUUCCGACCCUUUAAACACCCCUGGCGCACCAAUGAAGGACGCAAACAAACCCGAGGACGAGCCCGUUGUCGGCAGAUUGAGCCCUACCGGCGACCAGUCAUCGCGCUCCGCCAACACUCCCUCCCCUCCAGUCGCCACACCCUCAAGUGCUUCCCUUCUAAGCUAUGAAUUCUCCAAUAUCAGACUUCUGCCGAAUUAUACGUCGUCCUUUUUGCGCCCGGGAAGCAAAUUUACGGGUACCCAGCAGUCGGACCGUCAGAUUUAUAAUGUGGACGUAGAGAUCAAACAUGUCGACAUGGUCGAGUCCUACCUCUGCGGAUAUCUGCGCAUUCAGGGCCUCACGGAAGAUCACCCCACUUUGACGACCUUUUUCGAAGGAGAGAUCAUCGGCACCAAACACACUUUCAAGACCCGGAAUGAAGCAUGGGGAGCUACAGAGAAAACUGAUAUGCAUCAUUGGGCCAGAUUUCCCGCCUGGCGACCACUGGCUAAGCAGGCGAAGAGGCCCGAUUUCACCUACCGCAACUUUGCCCAGCGCGAGCAUAUCUUUAUGCGAUGGAAAGAAUACUUCCUCGUUCCCGACCAUCGGGUGAGGUCUAUCUCGGGCGCAAGCUUCGAGGGAUUCUAUUACAUUUGUUUUAACCAGGUAGCGGGGGAUGUCACAGGCAUCUACUUCCACGCGAAGAGCGAGAAGUAUCAACAGUUGGAAUUAAAACAUGUCGAGGAUCACGGUUGCACUCCUGCGAUUGAAUUCCGUUGA